CGUACUUAGUAGUCAGCUCGCUCGUGCAGUGCGGUCCAGCCAGCACAUGGGCAAAGUUGGAGAAAAAGUUUUGCAGAGGUGAUGUUUUAGCAGAAAGAUCAUUUUCAGGCGUAUUGGUGCUUCUGUUUUGCGCCUGUCGGGGACUUCUAUAAAUAUCGGUGUCACUGGUUUUUAUUUUAUUUUUUAAUCAAUAUUUAAUCAAGUCAAAUCAGAUUAUUCUCGCUUGUCGUCCGCCUCGCUCUCCUUCAUGUUUCUGCACGACGUCCGACCCCCCGCGCUGCCUUUCAUUCAUCUGGAGGAGGAGAGGAGCCCGCGUCCGAGCGUACAAUGAAGCAGUGUGUCCUUGUCCGAGACAAUGCAGCAAGAUGCUACGAAUCGACUGCACUGUUUCUCAAGAGAUCAAGGACGAUUUUCUCACGAUUGCAGAGAGAGACCAGCUUUAAAGAAUGAAGCUUUAGCCUCUGUAUGACAAGCUAUGACCAACACACAGACUAGACUCUAGACGUCCAAUUACAAAGCCAGGACUCAAGAAUGAAGACCAAAUAUGCAAUUGUCUUCAUCUGUAUUGUGGCCCUGGUCAUCAUUGAGAAGGAAAGCAACAUCCUAUCAAGGGUCUCUGAUAAGCUCAUCCAGAGGCAGACUCCACAACAGACCCAGCAGACUCCAUUGGAUUACAGCAACACGACACAAAAUGGCUCCCUGACGAUGCUCAAAAUACUGCUCUCUAAACUUGCUGGUACAAAAAGGAAUUACUCAAGUCUCUCUGAGGAGCAAGAGGACGAACUAGAUGAACUGGGCAUGCACAGUCACAGCGGUGGCCGUAAGCACAUAUUACUGUUGGCCACCACACGGACAGGUUCCUCGUUUGUGGGGGAAUUUUUCAACCAGCAUGGAGAGAACAUGUUCUACCUGUUUGAGCCUUUGUGGCACGUCGAGCGCAUGCUAACCAUGGCCGCAGAGGCAAAUAACGGGACGGUGUUGGCAGGGAUCUACCGGGAUGUACUCCAGGGGCUCUUCUUGUGUGAUUUCUCUCCUCUUGAGAAGUUCAUCUCUCCCCCACCUCAGGACCACAUCACACCGGCUCUUUUCCGCAGAGAGUCCAGUUUAUCACUCUGUGAAGAACCUGUCUGCACUCCUGUAAUCAAAGAUGUUUUUGAGAGGUAUCACUGUAAGACUCGUCGCUGUGGACCGCUGAACUUGACCCUUGCAUCCGAAUCCUGCCUUUCCAAGCAACACCAUGCAAUUAAGACUGUCCGUGUGCGCCAGUUGGAAACAUUGCAGCCUUUGGUGGAGGAUCCUCGGUUGGAUGUGAGAGUGAUCCAGCUAGUCCGAGAUCCACGAGCCAUAUUAGCAUCCCGAAUGGUAGCGUUCUCUUCGAAGUACCAGACGUGGAAGGCCUGGGCGCAGGACGGCCAGGUGCCUGAAGAUGACGAGGAGGUGAAGAGGCUCAAAGGAAACUGUGAUCAGAUUAGGAUGUCUGCAGAAGUGGGACUGAGCCGUCCUCGCUGGCUGAGGAACCGUUAUAUGUUGGUGCGUUAUGAGGAUAUUGCCCGCUAUCCCAUGCAGAAGGCCGAGGAGAUGUACAGGUUCACAGGGAUACCAUUUAGUCCCCAAGCUAGAGAGUGGAUUCUGAGGAACACCCAGACCACUCAAGGAGCUAGUGGGAUUUACUCUACUCAGAAGAACUCAUCAGAGCAGGCAGAGAAAUGGAGAUUUAGCAUUCCCUUUACACUGGCUCAGGUAGUGCAGAGAGUGUGUGGACCCACCAUGAAGCUGUUUGGGUACCGAUUUGUGGAUGACGAAAAGACACUGAUCAACAAGUCCAUCAGUUUGCUUGAGGAGAAACCAUUUAAUUAAUUGAGGGAUCAAAAAUGUAUCUGUGAAUCUGCAAAAAACUGCACGUGAUGGAUUGUAGCCAGGAGAAGCCAUUAUUGCACAAAACAAGUAAGCAAAGGUGCCAUAAAAGACACCAAACGUUUAGAUACAAUAAUAUUCAUACUCACCAAUGAUGUGCCUCAUUGUAACAAUGAAGAGCCACUUGAUAAAGAGAAGUAUUUAUUUGCAUACUGUGUUCACUGAGAAGCCUGGUUUUCAAGCUUUUUAACACGCUCUGUAUUUCAUUUCAAAUGAAAUAGGAUGUCACGCCUGACUUGUAAGAUAUUAUUAUGUAAGAUUUUAUCGAUAGUUGGUUGUGUGUAGAUUUUCAGGGAUAAACGACAGUGAAAGUGACAUGUGUUUUGUUUGUGUGUGUCUGAAAGAAAGUAUGUUUUUGUUGCUGUGUGCUCAUCUCUGCCUAGUACAUCCUGUUUUGUUGUAGAUCUGCGUCUGAAUCACUUUAGAUUAGACCUGAUGUUCUGUAAUAGGGCCUUACAUAUCUGACUCAGGUUAAUUGAAUGUGAGAUUACAUUCUGUGGUGUCUAAAUGAGGAAUAUUUAUAAAGUAUGCUGUGCAAAACAGUGGGAUCUAUAUUAUAUUUAGCAAAAUAGGAUACAAUACAACUACAAUAUGCCAAAAAAAACUGGGGAAAUUAAGAUAGAUAGUAUAUGCAGCAUAAUAAACUGUAUAUUCUCUACACCAUAGAAUAAAUAUAUCUAACUUCUGUAUGUGUCUUCACCAUACAUGUGUUGCCAAUAGCCAUAAUUGUAGUAAUGCAUUUUCCAGAGCUGCCUCCUCACCUUUAAAUAAACUGGCAGUUUGGGUGUCAUUUUACAGAGGCCGCGUCUCAGCUAAUAACCUGCUACGCUUCUCGACAAGCAGCUCUGAAUCUUAAGGUAUUAAGUCAGAACUGCUCCGCUGAUUUCAGACAAGUGAGCUCAUGGACACGCAAACAAAUAUUCUCAUGCAAGGCGUUGUUUUAAUCACUUCCCAACUCAAAGAAAUGAAAUCACCAGAAAUAUGAAGAGCUGCCAAAUUCAAGAUUUUUACCCUCUAGUUGUGAGAUUUACGUAGAUGUACGUAUGUGACUGUCACUUUAAGUGGAACCCAGGUGCUGUUGCAUUAACUGUCACUCUUUAUGGUAUAUAAAGGUAUCCACUGUGACUCCAGGUCAAUGGCAGCAUUGUGCUCGGCUUGGCUCAGGCACUGCUGAAACUGCCUUGGAAAGGGAUAUGCGUUAGAGGUACAUAUAGUAGUGGGCUUAUACUAACUUAGUGUUUCAAACAUAAAUAUGAAUACAUUGCAGCUGACAGGCCACGAGUUUCCGAGACCCACUACUGAAGUAUUUGAAGAAUACUGUGAAGUAUCUGAUUGUGUGGGUGUAGUCAGCUUAUGUCGCUAUCUAGAGUAGCUAUAAUCAUUUGGGAGCAAUAUAUAACAGUUUUUGGUCAAACAUAGUCUCAGUUCCUGAAGGAAGUCCAGGUUUAGUCAUAACUUUUCAUCAGUUAAUUAAUUGCAAGUCUUAUAGGUCUAAAUGCUUUUAAACAAUUGAAAUGUUGUGCCAUUUAAACAUUUUGCUUCCAAAGCUGGGUUAAUAGCUAAUAUUUUUGCAUGGCUGAGACAAAAUCCUUUCAGUGCAUAGGCCUAAUAAUUAAAUACUCAAGUGGCGUUGCAAUGCAAAUCUUGAUAUUACCACCAAAACCUGAGACAAGUCUCAAGUCUUCAGCGAGUCUGAAGGGAUUAAAUUGUGACUUGAGUAGUCAGAAGAAGUCAGAGAAGUGAACAGAAAGUCUCCGCUGUACAUCCAUACUCAGCAUGUUCAUUUUGCUCAAAUGAACACAGGGCCUCUGUGUCAUUUAUAGGGUUCAGCUCUCAAAAUAUGUCACAUUCAGGUCAGACAAUUCUGCUGAGAGUACUGUAGUAUAUUUAGCUACAUUUGCCUGAAACGAAAUGAGCAGAUAGUUGGUGGAGAACUUGAUUAUGCUGCAGGAGAGGUUUUGAAACUCGGUUGUGGUGUAAAAAAAAAAAAAGCUGAGUACAGCUGCUGUUCCGUGUGAAGAAACACAAUUCAGUGUUUCUAGGAUAACUUUUAAGAGUUUGUUCAAUGCCUUGCUGUCAGUGUAAACUAUUAAAACUUUAUUUUUACUGUCACAUUCUGGUUAUUCUUGCAGAGGAAACCUACAGCAAAUUAUGCUUCAGCAACUAGAAAUGUGUCACACAGAUGUAAAUGUUGAGAGUUUGCUCAAUUUUUUGCUAAUUCCUCAAGGUUUUCCAGCAGCAUGAAAAUCCCAUCAGCUGUCCAAAAGAGGAAGAAGUGCUUUUGGCACAAACACAGGCUGUUUCUGGUAUUCUCAUUAUGUUGGGACAUAAAUAUGUGUGUCUCUGUGUGUCUGUGUGACCUUGUGUUUUAUCUCCAUGGUUACCUAUUAUGAUUAGGAUUUGAAUAUUAAUAUAUUUAAAUAUGAGUGUAAAUGCCUUUUAUAGACCUGCUGUGUAAAGAUCAUCAAGAAUCUUCUUUGUGUUGCUUGAUCUCUCUUUGUUUUUCAACCAAAUUACAGAUAAACCGGAUGCAAAAACAAACUUUACUUUCUUAUCAUUUUAAGCUUUGGUUGAGGACACCAUGGAUAACAUGAGGAUUAAUGCAGGAUUGUUUACUCAUUGGAAUUCACUCAGUCCACAUCCACAUGCAGGCUGUUGCCAAGGAUCCCCAAAAGGCUGAGUGGGAAUAACUAGAGGAAAAAGGCAGAAACAGGGAGCCCAUUCACGUCUGCAUUCUUUCUCUCUGUUUCACGCCUCAGCUGAGAGAAAGCACUUUAGAGUUCACAGCUGUUGGACAAGAUGAUUCUACCCUUGAUCGUUUGCCUGAUGCUGAAUAUUCCCACAGCAACAUAGCAGAUGUUACCAUGCCGGCAAAAGAGGAUAAGCCACUGAAGAGCUAGUCCAGUCUCAAGUUUCUCUGAGGUGUUCCUUUAAACCACUAGCAGUGCUGUAGAGCAGUGAGUUUGAUAAGUGGGUCCCUGAGGGUUUCGUGCAGUGUUUCACCAGCACAUGCACAAGGAUGCACGUACACACUAUGAACAAAGAGGUCAUGCACACUGAUGACUCUCACUGAGUACAAAAUGAGAGUGAAAGAGACACAGUGGAAUCAUACCCACAACCAUUUCCUGUAUACCAAGAGACAGUGGUGGUAAUGCAUCACAAGAAGUAACGAUACAGUGAAAUAUAAAAGGAAGUCAGCAAGCUUAUAAAAAUAGUACAUAUUUCAAACUAGUUUUAAAAAGGCUUUGUGAAUGUUUUGAACUGGCAAGUGUUUGGACAAGAACAUGUUUGUUUGACCCCGAGGAUGCAAAUAUUUUGGUGUCAAAACAUUGACCGUAAAUGAAAAUAAGUUUUUUUACAAUGAACCGACACCCCUGACCUAUGGUGUCCUGACUUUAAAAUGCACUUUCAGUUGUUGGAAAGUUGCUAAAUGAUGGUGACUGAUUUACUCAGUAAGACCUCAUUGCAAAGAUGCUAUUCAUCAAAGAACUGGUGGCAGGAACUGGGCUUACCCCCGCACGUCUGGUUCACGUAAUAGAUUCCACCAAAGCAUUGAGCUCUCAAAAUAGUAUGCUGCAUCGAGGUCAGAAAAAACAACCGAAACUUGAGCAGACCUAUUAUGACCAAGAGAAUGAAUCUGGGACUAACUUUUAUUUGUUGGCGAGAGCUUCAGGAAAUAAAAGGAUGAGAGAUGCU